AUGGCUGAAGUGUCACACGCCACCGUCGCUGCCUUGCGCAAAACAUUGACCUCCGAGACUGAACCGCUCGCACGCCGAUUUCGCGCAUUAUUUUCUCUGAAACAUGUUGCUUGCUUGCAGCCACCCACUGAACAGACACUGCCUGCUAUUGAGGCCAUAGCAGCUGCAUUCACAUCGCCAUCUGCGCUGCUGAAGCACGAGCUGGCCUAUUGCUUGGGCCAAAGUAAGAAUGCCGAUGCUCUUCCGCACUUGCUCGACGUUCUCAAGGACCGCCAAGAGGAUACGAUGUGUCGACACGAAGCGGCAGAGGCAUUGGGAGCGUUGGGGUUCAAGGAUAGCCUCGAGCUAUUGAAGACUCUUAGGGAUGACAAGACCGAGCCUGAGGUAAUACGGGAGACAUGCGACAUUGCUGUUGACAGGAUCAUUUGGGACAUAUCAGAAGAAAAGAAGAACGAGAAGAUUAGGCCGAGCGAUUUCGCGUCUAUCGAUCCUGCGCCACCACUUCCACAAUCUAAGGAGGAGCCUUCUAUUCCUGAACUGGAGAAUACACUGCUUGACACAAAACUGCCCCUCUUUCAAAGAUACCGUGCCAUGUUCGCCUUGAGAGACCUUGCAUCACCACCAGACCUACCGACUGCUGUCCCAGCCGUUGAUGCCUUGUCAAAGGGCUUGAAAGACCCGUCUGCACUAUUCCGGCACGAAAUUGCCUUUGUGUUUGGCCAGCUAUGCCACCCAGCUGCUAUACCGAGUCUUACAGCCGCAUUGAGCGAUGUCAAUGAGAUGGGUAUGGUACGUCAUGAGGCCGCGGAAGCCCUUGGUAGCCUUGGGGACGAGGAAGGCGUUGAGGAGAUCUUGAAGAGGUUUGUGAAUGAUCCAGAGCAAGUUGUGAGAGACAGCAUCAUUGUGGCGCUCGACAUGGCCGAGUAUGAGAAGAACGGUGCCAAGGAGUACGCGUUGUUGCCCGAUACCACUGUGCCUGUAGCUUGA